CGUCGUCCUUCGCAGGGCGCCGCGCCCCCACGGAGGAGGACAAGCAACCGCGAGCGGCCGUCGGAGUCCGGCCCCAGGCGCGCGGCAUGAACGCGCCCUCCCACUCAAGGGCCACCGGUGUCGUGGACCGAGAACCACAGAGCCGCCCUCGGGGCGGGGCGAGGGCGGGGCCGGGCCUGGGGCGGGGCCGUCCGGAGGAAGUGCGUCCGGCGCACGGCCUUCUGGGACCGGAAGUCGGGCGCACGCGGCGGGCCGGUGUCAUGGCCGCGUCGCGAAGUCGUAAGAGGCGGUUGGCAGAGCUGACGGUGGACGAGUUCCUGGCUUCCGGCUUCGAUGCGGAGUCGGAGUCGGAGUCAGAGCCCGAAGCUGCGCUGGAAGCCGAGACGCGGGAGGUGCGCGGAGCUGCCCGGAGCCUGGGUGCAGCCGGCGGUAACACUGUCAGGAGGGGGAGAGGCCGGGCCUCCGAGCACAAGGAGCAGUUGUCUCGCCUGGAGAGCAGAGACCCCGAGUUCUACAAGUUCCUACAGGAAAACGACCGGAGCCUGCUGGACUUCAGCGACUCGGACAGCGAGGACGAGGUGGAGCUGUCCCACUCUCUGCCCGACAGGCUGGAGGAAGCGAGCGGUGAGGACGAGGCAGAAGAGGAAGACGACGGGGGUGGGCCCUCCAGGGGCCCGCAGGGGGAGGAGGGCUCUGUCCCUGUGACCCUCGCCCUGGUUGAGAGAUGGAAGCAGGCAGCAAAGCAACACCUCACUCCGAAGCUGUUCCGCCAAGUGGUGCAGGCGUUCCGGGCAGCAGUGGCCACCACUCAAGGUGACCAGGAAGCUGUCGAGGGCAGCAGGUUCCGGGUCACAGACAGUGCUGUGUUCAACGCCCUGGUCACCUUCUGCAUCCGAGACCUCUGUGGCUGUCUGCAGAAGCUGCUGUUCGGGAGGGCACCCAGGGACAGAAGCAGGACUCUGCAGCCAUCCAGCAGCCCGCUGUGGGGUAAGCUCCGCAUGGACGUGAAGGUCUACUUGAGCUCCGUCGUGCAGCUGGCGACCUGCCUGGCGGAAGCGACGGUGACAGCGGCGGUGCUGCAGCACGUCAGUGGCCUGGUGCCCUACUUCCUGACCUUCCCCAAGCAGUGCCGCAUGCUGCUCAAGAGGAUGGUGGUGCUGUGGAGCACGGGUGAGGAGUCCCUGCGUGUGCUGGCCUUCCUGGUCCUGCUGAGGGUGUGCCGCCACAAGAAGGACCCGUUCCUGAGCCCAGUGCUCAAGCACAUGUACCUCACGUAUGUGAGGAACUGCAGGUUCACGUCUCCCGGCAGCCUGCCGCUCAUCACCUUCAUGCAGCGCACGCUGACCGAGCUGCUGGCCCUGGACCCUGGCCUGGCUUACCAGCUGGCCUUCCUGUACAUCCGCCAGCUCGCCAUCCACCUGCGCAACGCCAUGACCACACGCAGGAAGGACACGUACCAGUCUGUGUACAACUGGCAGUACGUGCACUGCCUCUACCUGUGGUGCCGUGUGCUCAGCUCCAGUGGCCUUGGUGAAGCCCUCCAGCCUUUGGUCUAUCCCCUCUCCCAGGUCAUCAUCGGCUGUAUCAAACUGGUGCCCACUGCCCGCUUCUACCCCCUGCGCAUGCACUGCGUACGCGCCCUGACGCUGCUGUCGGAGCACACGGGCACCUUUGUCCCAGUGCUGCCCUUCAUCCUCGAGGUUUUCCAGCAGGUUGACUUCAAUCGGAGGCCAGGCCGCAUGAGCUCCAGGCCUAUCAACUUCUCCGUGAUCCUGAAGCUGUCGAACAUCAACCUGCAGGAGAAGGCAUACCGGGAUGGCCUGGUGGAGCAGCUGUGUGACCUCACCCUGGAGCACCUGCACAGCCACGCCCACAGCAUCGCCUUCCCUGAGCUGGUGCUGCCGGCUGUCCUGCAGCUGAAGUCCUUCCUCCGGGAAUGCAAGGUGGCCAACUACUGCCGGCAGGUGCGCCAGCUGCUGGAGAAGCUGCAGGAGAACGCAGAGCACGUCUGCAGCCGCCGCCAGCGCGUCUCCUUCGGCGUGUCCAGCCCCCACGCAGUGGAUGCCUGGGAGAAGCAGAUGCGGGAAGAGGGGACCCCACUGACCAAGUACUACAGCCAUUGGCGCAAGCUGAGGGACCGUGAGAUACAGCUGGAGAUCAGUGGCAAGGAGCGGCUGGAGGACCUGAACUUCCCAGAGGUCAAACGGCGGAAGGUGGGAGACAGGAAGCAUGAGGACAGGAUGGAAUUUAAAGACCUCUUUGACUUGGACAGUGAAGACGACGCCCAGGACCCAGAGAGAGGUGGGGCCCACGAGACAUUGGUGUCCCUGAGAGCCCUGCAGGGUGAGGGUGAGGACAAGGACGAGAGUGAGGAUGGAGACCAGGACGAUGAGGGCAGCGGCAGCUCGGAGGAUGGAGGCCCAGAUGUAGCUGCGGGGCUGGCCCCAGGGGAGCUGUGGCUGCUGGCCCAGGGGCCUGAAGACCACCUAGAGGAGCUGCAGCUCUCUGAGGACGACUGAGGGUCCAGAGCCCUGAGGCCCUGGCACAUCUCUGCACAGGGAGGCAGCAUGUCGUACACAGGGCUUUAUUUUCAUAGCACAACAGACUAAGCAGGCCAAGCGCUGUGCAGACCCGGUGGGGACUUGGGGGAAGGGACCAGCACCGAGCAGUCUGCCUGCUGCCCCUCAGCCUCGUGGAGGAAGCUGACCCUGAGGUCGGGAAUCUCCGGGGACAGUGCCAGCUCCAGAGGGAGGCGUCACCUGCUCCGGUCGACCUCUGUCUUUGGUUCAUCUGCAGACCCAGCCAGGCUUCAGCGCCAGGCUCUGCAGGCACCACAGAAAGUGUUCGGAAACAUGCUCCUUUCUUCUGA